AUGAAAGUUAAAUUAAAUGCUUUUCAUUUUCAAAUCGUAAUGAAAUAUUUCUUGUAUGAACAAGAUUUUAUCAACUCGAUGUUAACGUGUAAAAAAUUUGAAAUGGUACUUGACCGAUUUCGAUACAACCCAAUUCCCGUAAAAUCCACUAAACUGUUUCCAUAUAUGGAGACUCAACACCUUUACACAAAAUUUGAUGAUAUUUUCGCAGGAAUAUCCCGACUUGUCGUCUUGUACAAAGUGACUUACUCUGAAACAAAAACUUUAUUUCCGGACUUUGAUGUAGAGUUUAAAAAUGUGACUAUAUCUUCAUCUGAUAUCAAAAAACAAAAUAUCACAACAUUUGACCAAAUACCCAAAACCAUAAAAAUAUAUGAAUAUAAAUUUUUAAACACUUUUGAUUUUAAAGAGUUUAGUGUCCCAACACAUAUAACUGAAUUGUACCAUUCUUGCUUUUACAAUAAUACCACACUCACUUCAGUGACACUGUGUGACGGGUUAAAAGUCAUACCGUCGUCUUGUUUUGAUUCUUGCAAGAAUUUGGUUUCUGUAAAUGUUCCAACCACAAUUAUAUCAAUUGAAAGUUCUGCUUUUGAAAAAUGUGGUAUUAUCAAAUUAUCAAUUCCUGAUACUGUCGUUUCGCUCGAUUUAAAUCUGUUUAAGUCAUGCGCUAAUUUAGAGGAACUUGUUAUAUCCAAGAACGUUACUGUUUUGCCAUAUUACAUGUGCGAAAAAUGCACCAAAUUAACACGCGUUGUACUCCCAGACAAUUUGAUUUCAAUUAAAGCACAAGCUUUUUGUGAUUGCAGUCAACUUGUUGAUAUUACCAUCCCAAACACUUUACUUCGAGUUGAGUUUGGCACUUUUUCGAACUGUGAAAAACUUCAGGAACUUAAAUUUAAUGAAGCAUGUGAAAUAGAAGAAGGAGUGUUUAGUGGUUGCACUAGUUUAACAUGUUUGGUUGUUCCAAAAAUCAAUGGAAUUAUUAAAAACACAAUUUCUUUAAAUGAAGUUGAUGUGUAUGAACGGUUGAAUGAAACAUUUGAGUGUACUUUGGAUGACGAUUUUGGCUCAGAAGGAGAGUUAAAAAGUGACCGAAAGUAUACAACACUCGAUAGGUCAUACGACUGCAAUUUUGAAUGUACAGACUCGGUGUUUUUUAUACCCGAUAAUUUCACAAAAAUUGAAAAUAUGCUAUUUAAUGAAAAUCAUGAUAUCCACGUUAUAUAUAUGUCUCAGAGCGUUUUCGAUAUCAAUCGUGUUUUACUUAACAAAUUUGAUAAUUUGGAAGAAAUUUAUAUGUCUUCUCACAUCGAAAAAUUUAAUAAGUCAAUAUUUGAAAAUUGUGUCAAUUUAAAACACAUAUUUAACAUGCAAAAUGUGACUAAAAUACGCCAAUUUUGUUUCAAAAAUUGUUCAUCUUUGAAAAGUCUUCACAUCAACAAACGUGCAAAAAUUUCGUUUGGUUGCUUUGAAGGAUGUGUUGGAUUAACUUCUCUUGAAAUUCCAAACAACAACAAAAAAGUCACAUUUAAAGUAACAAAUGAAGACGAAAAAGUCUUAACACCUUUUGGGUAUACUUUUGGUGAUCACGUCUGCUAUUUCAAUUCAAAAGACACGUUUUUAAAAUUUGAUGAAAUUAAAUAUAAAAAUUAUUUCUAUGAAUUACAAGGAAAUUUUUCAAGUGAAGAACUUGACACUAUUGUAAUUCCAAAUAAUGUCACAAAAAUAUCAACUGGCUUUUUUGGUAUGGACGCAUUAAAAAGUAUUGAUUUGGGAUGCGUGAAAAAACUUGAAGAUGAGUGUUUUGAGUGUAGUGUAAAUUCUUUAACCAUUCCAACAACUCUGACGAAAAUUGGAACAAAAUUAUUCCAAAGUAUAAUAAAACCAACUUCAAUUGAUUUUUGUGGAAAUAAAUAUUACACGGGAAUUGUCACAAAACAAGAACAAAAUUUCAUUGAAAAUUGUGGAGUUCAAUGCACCAAUUUAGAAUUUGAGUUAAACAAUUUUGAAUAUUACAAAUACAUUCCAAUGGGUUACAAAGUGAUUGGGUCAGACCGAUAUCAAUUACCAUUAUAUCUUACACAAAUAAUAAUACCAAAUGGGGUCUCACAAAUCAAUUCACAUUGUUUUUCUAAUCUUCCAAAUUUAAAGAAAGUCGAGUUUCCAGAGACACUUCGCAAUAUCAAUUAUGGCGCUUUUGCCUUUUGUUAUUCUCUUGAAAACGUCACAUUCCCACAAGCACUUCAAUCAAUCAGAAAUUUUGCGUUUUAUUAUUGCAUCAAUUUUACACAAAUUGUACUUCCAAUAAGUUUGGUUGACAUUGGCAGUUCCGCAUUUUCAAAUUGUGAAAACGUAAAGAACAUUGAUGUUCCAGCUUUUGUUUAUUCGGUAAGUAACGUGUUUGAUUCAUGUUAUUUACUCACUUCAAUUAACAUCAAAAACACUCAUGAAAAUAAUAUUACGUCUACAACUUAUAACGGACCUUUUACAAAUUGCAAUUUAGAAGAAAUUAUCAUUCCUGAGAGUGUUACUGAAAUUAAAAAUUCGAGUUUUGAGGAGAUGAUAAAAUUAAAACGUAUUAUUAUUCCAAACAAUGUGAGUUCAAUUGGAACACACGCGUUUUUGAAUUGUUUUCAUUUAUCCACAAUCAAACUUGGUAAUACAGUUGAAAGUAUAGGAGGGUACUGUUUUGAGAAUUGUGUAAGUUUGAUAAACAUCGAAAUUCCAGAGUCUGUCGUAAAAAUUGGUAAUGGCGCAUUCAAAAAAUGUGAAAAUUUAAUUGCAGUGACAUUUGGACGACAAAUACCAAAAUGCGAAAUUGAUAUAUUCGACAAGUGCAAAAUGUUAAAGGAAUUUUACGUUAAUGGGAAAAAGGCAACUAAAGUGAGUUUACCCGUCACAUACAAAAUAGCUCACAAUUUGACAGAAAACGGAGUUUGUUGUGAUACUAUUUUCUUCACUCGAAAAGACGUCAAAAAACACUUAGCAAUCGUUUUUGAAAAUGGCAAAAAAGUUGGAAAAAUUCCAAACAAUGUUGUUGGACUUUGUGAUAAUUGUUUCAGAAAAUAUAUAGAGGUGCAAACAAUUUUCGUUCCCAAAAGCGUUAAAAGUGUUGGGCGAUUUUGUUUUUAUAAUUCGGUCGGAAAAGAGAAUGUAAUUUUUGAAGAUAAAAAUGCUGUCAUAACAACUAAAGACGAAUUUUUAACAACAGAGCUAAUAAGAAGAACGCCAAAAUUGAUACAAUUUUAUAAGCUCUAUUGCACUUUUCAUCAACUAAAUUAUAACCUUCAAUGCAUUUUUUGCAUUUAUCAUUUUAAUCGCAAAUCAACACAAGACAAACAAUCUGCCCCACAUACACCAUCUUUUGAGUCACAAGUGGCAUCAAUUGUUAUUUUUCCGUUUGAACAAUCACUGCAUUUGUUGCCGUCCAAAUAUUUAUAUGGACUUAAUUUAUCACAUGUCAAACAUUUUCCAUUAGUAUCUAUUUGGUCUGCAGCACAAGUUAAACAGUUGUAG